AAAAAAUAAAAGACAUAAGGGUGAAAAUGGAGUGUGCCGCAAAGGGAAGCCAACGGCGGUGCUCCGGCUCUGCAAAUCUCCGGUGCGACGGUUGUGGUGCCGUUUUCUACUGCUCCGCCUCUCAUCAGAUAUCACAUUGGAACGUUCAUAAAGAAGAAUGCGGAAGACUGAAACGACAAAUGGGUUGUGUGGAGCUGCUAAAUGACUUCCCGUUUACUUUUUCCCGGGAAGCUACUUAUCAGGUGUGUGAAAAGGUGGAGACUAGGUGUUCAUUAUUGGAUAAACUUGGAAUCCACCGUGCGGGAAUCUGGAUCUGUGAAUGUAGCUGUGGGUCUUCGGUUUUUUCGUUGGAUCAUUUGAGGUCUGAGAUGGGUUGGAGACUCUCAAGUAGAUUAUGCCCUUGUAAAGAGCCUUUGUCUAUAUUAAAGAAACAAUUAUGCAGUUGGAGUGAUUAUUAUGAAUGGAGAGGCAUCCCUUUAGAUUCGCCAGUUGCUCUUCUUCUUCACUGGCCGUUGACCAUAUAUCAAGCCAUUCAACUUGCUUUUGCUAAACAGUCGAUCAUUGAAACUACAGAUGAACUUUGCAUACACUACCUAGGGCCAGAGAGGGAACUUUAUCAAACCGAUGUCUUUGGGGAGUUGCAUGCUCUUCUUCCUGGAGUCCAACUGCAUAUAGAUUUUGUGGGGCCUGCAGUUCCACAUGACAGGGAUGGUGAGACAAUUGGUCUUUAUAGCUAUGCACAAUGCACGGAGGCAAACUGCUGUUGUAAAACUCCUAAAACUGAAUUUAGCUCUCACACAAAUACUGAUACGUCAUCAAAGAUUACAUUACGGUUUCAUUCAGGUCAUUAUCAUGACCGUUAUGAAGAGCUCACCAAGGAAUUUCUUCCUGAUCUGAUCAUCGCUCCAAAUGCUGGUAUUGCGGCUUACAAAAGCUGGUUACCAACUAUUGAACUGAUACGUGAAAUAGAGAUCCCAGCCGUUUUUUCGGAUUAUUGUGAAGAAGCUUGUCAUCUUGCAGCCAACUGUAUACGCUCUGUGACUGGUACUCCACUCACGAUUCCAGUUCAGCUGAACCCAUUUAGGCAGCCUCUGGCUGUUGAAGACACUGCUCUGCUGCUUCCUUGCUACUCAAAUUGUUUUCUGUUUGGAAUAUAAAAGUGUAAUUAUGGGCUGGGCUGCCAAUUUUUUUUGCAGACUUGAGCCCAGUAAACAGUUGAUAUCUAGGCGUGUCAUAAUCUUUAGAUGGGUAAAGAUGUCAUUUGUUAAUCGAAAAAAAACCCCCCAUUAAGUUAUGUUCUAGUGCUAGUUGAUUUCACAGGGUUGUGUGUAGGGGUGCAAACGAGCCGAGUGGCUCGCGAAUUGCUCGAGAUCGGCUCUUGAAAAGCUUGAAACGAGCAGUCUUAUCGAGCCCGAGCCGAACUUGAACCUACAAUAAAGCUUGUUUAUUUA